AAAUUUAGUAAUUUAUACUUUAAUUUUGUUAUGAAAUCUAAGUUUUUCAUAUGUAAAUAUGUGAAAAAAUUACAUCAUUAUUUUAUUUAGUUAAUGUCAUAUAUUUCAAAAUAAACAUAAAUAUGACAUUGUGAAUAAUACAUAAAAUGACAAAUCAUUUUUCUUUGUGUUAAUGUCUUUCAUUAGGGUGAGGAAAGAUUGGUCGAAUCUUCUUCCUGAACUUUUGAGAUUGGUAAUGUUUCGUCUCCUUGUGAAAGAUACCAUACGUGCAUCCACAGUCUGUAAGGCAUGGUAUGAAUCUAGUGUGUCUUUUCUGAUGAAUAACCGUCGUCCGUGGUUUAUGAAAUACUCUUUAACAUCACAUAGAGGGCCUUGUGAGUGGUAUGAUCCCAUGCAGAGGAUGACAUACCUCACAUAUAUCCCAGAAAUAAUAGGCAUGUCGGUUUAUCACGCAAAAGAUGGUUGGUUGCUUAUGCACAAAGAUGGUUCAUCCGAGUCAUUCUUCUUCAACCCAUUUACUCGAAAGCUUAUAAAUCUGCCUAGUUGCGAACAUUAUAACGAAUCUGCGGCUUUCACAUGUGCACCCACGUCAGAAGGUUGUUUGGUUUUUGGUAUGACAAAGAUCGACAGAGACAACAACGUUGUUGAAAUCAACACUCUUAAGAUUGGAGAAACCAAAUGGGAGACUACUCAUUUUAAGAGUUUUGGAGGUCCUUUCACUUCUAAAAUCAAUAUUAUUUUCUUGGAAGGUCUCUUUCACUGUUUUGGUUGGUUAGAUUGGAUUCCGGUUUUUGAUCCAUCCAAACGAACCUUGGUCAACCACAUGGCAGAAUAUGAUAGGAGCCUCGAACUUUCAGCUGGAACGUACUUUGUAGAGAUAAAAGGAGAUAUCUUCUUCGUAAAAACAGGUGGUGAGAAGCUACGAUUUUUCAGAUUAAAUCGAAAUAAUAAAGGUUGGAGUUGGGAAGAGAAGGACAAAAUCGAUGAAGCGUCAACAAUCUUCGGGGCUUCUUGCGGAUCUGUAUGUAGAUCAGACCUUCCAACCAGUUUGAGAAACAAGCUACUCUUAUCCAAUGCACCUCACCCGAUGAUCAAAACUUAUUUUUCUGAUGGAGAAAAGUAUCUCACAAAUGAUUCAGACAUUCCGUUUUGGGAUAGACAUCCCAAAUAUCAGUGUGUUUGGAUUGAACCUCCCAAACAACGCAUAGAUUUUAUUUGAGUCAAGCAUUUGACAAAGAUAGCUCUGCAAAACUUUUAUUUUCUUGUUGUUUCUGGUUUAUUGUUAUCAAGUUGGUUUUAGCAAAAAAAAAAAAAAAAAGUU